AAGUCGCGGGCGGUAGCGCGGGGCCUCGCUAUCGUACGUGACGUCAGGGCCCUUUCACUGUCCGAAGCCGGGCUCCAGCGUCCACGACGGCUUCAGUCCGCGCGGCUCGGUCAUAGCGGGAGCACGUUUCACGCUUCGUGUUCCUUAAAUAAACCGAAUCACGCGUUACUCGUACAAAGAACACUUUCAAAUUUAUUUCGAAGCCAACUUGCUUAAGCGACGUCGCGCGCAAAACCCUCUCGGUCCUCCGCGCGUUUGCACCUGUUCGGCUUCACGACCAGAUCGUAAGAGCGUCAACAUGGGCGUCAUCAAAUUGAGUCCGGACACCGCGUCCCUCAUAUCUGCCUGCGACUUGCUCGAUGACAUGAAGAGCGAAUCGAGCUAUACAUCGUCAGAAGAAGGGUGCGGUGCGGGAGAGCGUCACGCCGUGCUCAGCUACGAGCAAGUGCGGCGGCUCAAUGACGUCAUGGACGAGGUGGUGGCCAUCCACGGUCGCGGCAACUUCCCUACGCUGCACGUGCGCCUACGCGAGCUUGUAGCUGGGGUGCGAGCCCGCCUGGAGCUGGCGCAGGCGGCUGGCGGGGCCGGGGUCUCCGUACGGGAUGUCCGCCUCAACGGCGGCGCUGCCAGCCACGUGCUCGGCGACAACCCACAGCCUUACUCCGACAUCGAUCUCAUCUUCACUGCGGAGCUGCCCACGGCCCGUCACUGUGACCGCGUUAAGGCCGCGGUGCUCGGACACUUGGCCACGCUGCUGCCUCCGGCGACGCCUCGACGUCGCACGACACCUGCUGGACUAAAAGAGGCUUACGUUUCCAAAAUGGUCCGCGUGAACUCGGACGGUGACCGCUGGUCUCUCAUUUCUCUCGGCAACUCUCGCGGACACAAAUCCGUGGAGCUCAAGUUCGUGGACAACAUGCGCCGUCAGUUCGAGUUCUCGGUAGACUCGUUCCAGAUCGCUCUCGACUCCCUGCUCGCGUUCCACGAGUGCGCCCAGCUGCCGAUCGGCGAGAACUUUUAUCCCACUGUCGUCGGUGAAUCCGUUUACGGCGACUUUAACGAGGCUCUGCAUCACCUGUCAGAGAAAUUGAUAGCGACGCGGCAACCCGAAGAGAUCCGCGGCGGUGGCCUCCUGAAGUACUGCGCUCUGCUAGCCAAGGGCUACAGAGCCGCGCGUCCCGACAAGAUCAAGACCCUCGAACGCUACAUGUGCUCGAGGUUCUUCAUAGAUUUCCCGGAGCUCGGGCAGCAGCGCGCCAAGCUCGAGGCUUAUUUAAGGAACCAUUUCGUGGGCCGAGAAGAGGAAGCGCUCAAGCACAGGUACCUCACGUUGCUGCACAGCGUGGUCCGCGAGUCGACCGUGUGCCUGAUGGGCCACGAGCGGCGGCAGACGCUGGCGCUGAUCGAGGCGCUGGCGUGCCGGGAGCUGUGCGCGCGGACGCCGGUGCUGGUGCAGCCGUACUACCUGUGCGUGUGCACCCCCUGCCCCGCCUGCGCCUACACAGCCUGCUGCGAGUGCUGCCGGCCGGCGCUCUGCCCCGCGUGACCGCCGUACCCUGACCUUCGUUAUAGUGCCAAAUGUAUAUAAUACUAAAACACGUAUGUAAUAUAUGUAUUCGCCGAUAAGAGCGAUCGUUUUAGGGUCGGUUUCAAAAAAAUAUAUAUAUAUGACGCUUGAAAGGCAAACGUGACUAAGCAGCGACAAUGCGUGAACUUUACAGUAUUACUGGUGGUAGGACCUCUUGUG